AUGGAAGGGCCGGGGAUCAGACGACUCACACGCCACCCGAACCUUCCCCGCGCACUACCUCCGUGUCACACCUGCCGCCCACCUCUCCGUCUGCUCGCUUGCACACCUGGUCAACCCGGGCCGCAGCCGAAGUCCCUCUCCCGCCUUACUCUCUCGACUAUGGCCUCCACCGCCCCACGCACCUGCCUCGUCCUGCACACCAUCCUUCUGCUGACCGCCCUCGCCAGCUUCGCCUCCUGCGGCCAAGCCAUCGACUGUCGAAGGUUCGUGUUCGCGCCGCAGUGCCGAGGCAUAAUCGCCAAGAGGACAGUGUCUGACUCCGCCAUAGGACUGCCCGACGCGCUGCAAGAACAACGGCAGUGGUCUGAAUCCAUCCCUCUCGACUACGUGGUGCCUGAGUACAGCCCCGCGUAUCAGAGGGUUCGCUCCACCUACACGAGGCCCAGUGCUGCAUCCAGAGACGCCGCAGUGGGUGCUCAGUUCUCUUCUCCAAACGCAGCAAUGACUGAGAUGGGUGUGCGUGACAGUGGGGACCUGGAGCUCCUUUCUCCUUACGUGAAGAUCAUCCACCGGUCUGAGAAGCUCCCAUACGAGAGGAAGUAAGCAGGAGGAAGCAGAGUGGGGAUCGAGUAGACAGGACAACCCGCCAACAGCAGAAAAUAAAAAGGUGACCUCACCAGGAUCGACCACAAGAAAAACCAUGUCGUUUUUACAAAACACUCCAGCAUAGUAUGACCGUAAGUGACUCAGGCCAGGACAGACCCACUCAGAGAGAGAGAGAGAGAGAGAAUUAUAACUCCAUUUCCUCCACCACAACCUUCUCGCCGGUGACGCGAGUGCAUGAGAUGUUAAAGGCGCCGGUGGGUCUGGCCGCCUUGGUCACUGGCACAUACUCCUCCAGAAAAUGUUUGUAACGUUCCUACUCGUGCUGUCGAUUAAGUGAUGCAUGCGGUGUUGACCUGUUCCUGUUCAUGUUCCUCUGAGUUAUAACCAGUUAGACAUUUAUUUUGCAGUAUUCAAAUAAAACUGAUUUGGUGUUAA